UCUGGAGCGACGGCGAUUUGAACUUCACGUUACUAACGUCUUAACGCUAUGUCCGCUAUUGUGCAAAAAAUCCUUGUCGUGGGUGGUAAUGGGUUGGUCGGUUCUGCCGUGUGCAAGGCUGCUCUUGCGCGGGGUACGGGUGUCGCCAGUAUUAGCAAACAGUUCUAUGACAAGGACUUCGUGGGCUUGCUCAAGUCCAUUACGGGUACCAGCCCGGUCGAGAGACACGUCAUCUAGGGGCCUAUGACAAAGUUAACCGCGAUGCAGCCAUCCGUAUGUGUGAAACAUUUGCCGCGAGUAAACCCGCCCAAGGAAUUACACAUGCUCGCCCCAUUGUUUACAUUUCCGCAGAGGACUUUAACGGGCCUGCUAUAUCUGUGCGGUACACAGAGACCAAACUAGAGGUGCGGAGAAAAAUCAAGAAAGAUCAUCCGCAGUAUCGAGCAGUACAUGUUCGCCCUUCUAUGAUAUAUGACCCCGAGACUAGGCCGAUGACCAUCCCAGUCAACCUCUUUACCUUCUCGGCCUGGGUACACGCAGCUAUGGUGUCGCUCGCACCUUCGGCGUGGGUAUCUAUGGCCACCCUUAUGAACGUCCCACCAAUUCGUGUCGACCACGCCGAAGCUAACCUUGCAAAGAAUGUUACGGGCCCCGUUGGUACGGUGCGUGCUAUGAGGGAGCUAAUUGGAUGGUCAAAAGGGGGUAACACUACCUCGUUGGACCCUUGAUCGUUUGCUGAUGUGAAAAUUGUCUGCUACUGUAUCUAUAUGUAGAGUUCUACUGUCGAGAAGCCUGUCGUACCGACUAAUGUCAUUGAUCGGCUAGCAGGCUCCAACGGCAUAAUAAACUGAACUAGCCCCACAGUAUUCUACUACCUGUACGCUCACCAGCAGAACGGCAAGCCAUACACACUGUCGAAGGUCGCCUCUUCGCUAUGUCCAAGGCUACAAAAGCUCAGGUAUAAUAACUUACAUUGUCACAAGAAACAACGUGUCGCUGUAGUUCAUUAUUAUUAGGUAUUUUUGGAGACUGUGAACUAGUGGUUAAUGCGUUGAUGAAUGGUUAUUUAAUG